AUGUACAUUUUUGUGAAGACUCUCACUUGGAAGUCCAUUACUCUGGAGGUCGAGAGUUCUGAUACGAUUGAGAAUGUGAAGGAAAAAAUCCAGGACAAGGAGGGGAUCCCACCAGACCAGCAGCGCCUCACCUUUGCUGGUAAGCAGCUUGAGGAUGGGCACAUGCUGGCAGAUUACAACAUACAGAAGGAAUCCACCCUUCACCUUAAAGGGUACACCGGUGGCGAUGUCAUCAAUAUCAUGAUAGCAAUCGUGACUGGUGGAAUGACUCUAGGCCAAGCUUCCCCAUCUGUGAAUGCAUUUGCAGCAGGGCGAGCAACAGCAUACAAGAUGUUUGAGACCAUCAAACGGAAACCAAAGAUCAACUCAUACGACAUAAGUGGAAUUGUGUUGGAAGAUAUCAACAGCGAUAUAGAACUGAGAGAUGCUUGCUUUAGCUACCCUGCAAGACCUGACAUUCAUGUAUUUUCUGGGUUCUCGUUGCAUGUUCCAAGCGGCAUGACUGUGGCUCUAGUUGGAGAGAGCGGCAGUGGGAAGUCAACAGUGAUCAGCCUGUUGGAGAGGUUCUAUGACCCCCAAGCUGGUGAAGUGCUUAUAGAUGGCAUCAACUUGAAGAAGCUGCAACUUGGAUGGAUCAGAGAGAAGACCGUUCUUGUUAGCCAAGAGCCCAUCUUAUUCACAACUACUAUAAAGGAGAAUAUCACAUGUGGUAAGGCGGGUGCUACAUUGGAAGAAAUCAGAACAGUAACUGACAUUGCUAAUGCUGCAAGGUUCAUAGACAAGAUGCCACAAGUCGCUUGUACUUUUUUCUUUUUCUUUUUGGUAAAUUCAUACUACUCUCUCAAAGAUGUUGCGGGUGGAAGGCUAGGAAAGGAAGACAUUUGUAGUUUGUUUUGGUAA